CCCUGACAAUAUAGUGUUGCGCAUACCUACUAAAACAGCUUCUUAGUUUUCAGUUUUCUGCGCAGAGAAAGGUAAAAAAGCGCAACCGCGGUGUUUGUUGCCGUAUCUGCUUUAAGGAGUUCGUGUUCUACGCAAAUUCGAUAAGCACACACGUCAACCUGUAUUUCUGCUACCGCGACAGGAUACGCAGUUGAUAGCAGAGUCAACGCUGCGUUGCGUAUGGCCCACUCGGAGAAACAGUACAUCGUUUCACUCGUGUUUAAGUUGUUAAUAAGUGCCGAGGUUGUUCAGAAAGUAGUUCGCCGAUACACGGUGCCUGUGUUAGCCGAGCGAACAGUUUAUCAGAAGAAACAGAGCUGUUACUCCGCUAGCAGGCAAUAUGCCUUCACUGAAGCCUGUGCUGACUGAUCUAACGUUAGCUGGCUAGCAGUCGGGCUAGCUAACAGGCUAUCGGGAACUUGUUGGCGCCGAGAAGAAUGGGACUCUAUUUAUAGUCCAACUGAGCUGCGUGUCUCUUAACGCACAUAAAGCCCAAAUGACUCGGAGUACAUGAACUGUUCUUUUACCAAGGUAACGGUUUUGUAACUGCUAAUUUGCGAGAUAGCGGACAGUUAGCUAGCUGGGUUAACUAACUAGCUGGCUUCACUAGCAGCAGCAGCCCCCCCAACCUGUCUGACACUACCUUGAACUCCAGAUAAAGUCAGCCAUGCAGGGUUUCACGUUUUAGAUACGCUGAAAGCCCCUUCAGUUCUGUUCUCCACUCGGACACCUUGUUCACAAUCUUCAGUUGAGCGACCGAGUUGCACUGUCCGUUUUAAUAGAGGGUUAAGAAGACAAAUGUCGUAAUUUUAUGAACUAACGUGACUUCCUAACUGGAGCGCUUGUCACUCGGACUUUAAUCAUGCAAUAGUUGUGAGGGAGCUCGCUGCGGCUUCCCGUGUCAAUGCUGCAUUUCCUGGAUGAAGAUGCGGAUGACCUGGCUGAUUACAGUAAUAAACAGAAGAAUAAUGAAACUCCUCGUCGCCCUCGCCCUCAUCGCAUACAUCGCCUCUGUCUGGGGAACCUACAAUAUGAGGUCCAUCCAGGAGCAUGGAGAAAUGAAGAUUGAACAAAGAGUAGAUGAGGCUGUGGCACCACUGAGAGAAAAGAUUCGGGACCUUGAGCUUAGCUUUACCCAAAGAUAUCCACCUGUGAAAUUCCUGUCUGAGAAAGAUCGAAAGAGGAUAUUGAUCACUGGUGGUGCAGGGUUUGUGGGUUCACACCUGACUGAUAAGCUCAUGAUGGAUGGUCACGAGGUGACUGUGGUUGAUAAUUUCUUUACUGGCCGCAAGCGUAACGUGGAGCACUGGAUUGGCCAUGAGAACUUUGAGCUCAUCAACCAUGAUGUGGUUGAACCACUCUAUAUUGAAGUGGAUCAGAUCUAUCACUUGGCUUCCCCUGCAUCCCCACCGAAUUACAUGUAUAACCCUAUCAAGACCCUGAAAACCAACACUAUUGGCACUCUCAAUAUGCUUGGUCUGGCUAAGCGAGUGGGUGCUCGACUGCUGCUUGCUUCCACAUCAGAAGUUUAUGGAGACCCGGAGGUGCAUCCUCAGAAUGAAGAUUACUGGGGUCAUGUGAACCCAAUUGGGCCGAGGGCUUGUUAUGAUGAAGGGAAGCGUGUUGCUGAGACCAUGUGUUAUGCCUACAUGAAGCAGGAGGGGGUGGAGGUACGAGUGGCACGAAUCUUCAACACUUUUGGUUCUCGUAUGCACAUGAAUGAUGGUCGAGUGGUCAGCAAUUUCAUUCUACAGGCUCUACAGGGGGAGCCGCUGACGGUUUAUGGUUCAGGAUCUCAGACCAGAGCCUUCCAGUAUGUCAGUGAUCUUGUGAAUGGUCUUGUGUCCUUGAUGAACAGUAAUGUCAGCAGUCCUGUCAACCUGGGAAACCCUGAAGAGCACACCAUAUUGGAAUUUGCUCAGCUGAUUAAAAGCCUAGUUGGGAGCCGCAGUCACAUUCAGUUUCUCCCAGAGGCGCAAGAUGACCCUCAGAGACGGCGACCAGACAUCCGAAAGGCAAAAAUGCUGCUGGGCUGGGAGCCUGUGGUACCAUUGGAGGAGGGGCUGAACAAAACUAUCCAGUACUUCAGUAAAGAGCUGGAGCAUCAAGCCAACAAUCAGUAUAUCCCCAAGCCUAAGGCCGCCCGCAUGAAGAAAGGCAGACCAAGACACAACUGAAGAACGGGCUUUUUCUCUCAGGGAUGCUGGGAUCCUGGAGAUUCUGGAGCCUCUAGCAGCCAUUUUACACGAGGGGCUCUCCCCUUCAAAGAACACAUUUCCUGGGUGUUUUUCUUACUUUUUUUUUUUUUUUGCUUAUUUUUUUGGAAAAGCAGCCGUAGAACUAUCUGUGCCACACUUGCUUUUCAGAUGUGCCUCAGAAAAAAAAAAAAGAAAAAAACAAAACAAUGAAGUUCAGUCGCUCAGAGUCCUUGCCUUGCACUUUGGAUUCGUCAAUCAUCUGUUAUUUAAGAAAAAGUGACUCCAUGUUAUUAUUUUUUUUUUUUGCAUUCAUGCUGUGCAGUUUUGACUGUUGUAAUAAUUUUUAUUAGUGUUUAUGCUGAGUGUCUUUUUGAACAGACACUUCUUUUCAAUGUUCAGAUUUACUAUGGAGGCUAAUGAUUUUCUGUUAAUUUAUCUUGAAUGUGCAGCCCAGGAUAGGACACAUGAUCAGGCCUGUUCUUGACAACACAGAAGAAAAGAAGAAACUAUGGGAGAUGCUUUUCUGCUUUAUUUUGUUGUGAUUUUGAGCAGUGUGUAGUAUCGCCACCAUCACACUUCACACAGAUCUCAGAUCCUUUAAUGAACUUCAGGUGGAAAAAAAUAUUUUAAUAAAAUAUUUACAUUGACUGCUAA